UUGAUUUAAUCUCAGGUUGGCGGUUUUCUUUUUCUUUUUUUCAGGGUUUAUGCUGCUGCUUCCCUCUUCUUCCAAAACCCUAUUCAAGUCCACAAAUUCACUUGAUUGAUUUUGAAGUGAACAAGGAGCUUCCAUUGUGUGAAAUUCUAACCUCAUUUCUCGUUCUUCGUCCACCAAGAUGCCACCGAACGAUGACAUUGUUUUUACUUCCCGAGCUACGCUUAGAAUUCCACACUUUCCUCCGUCUAGUUCGCAUUCGAGUUUCAGAUUUUGCUUCCGAAAUUUAGCUUCACAGUUCGAUCAGUCCUGCAACUCAAUAUUCCAGUUCAUUGAUUCGGUUAAGAAAGGUUCGAAAUUGACUCAUUUCAAUCACAGUAUUCCCCACUUAUGGCCACCAGCACUCCCCUUUGGUGCUUCAAAGAAGCUAACUCAGCAAGAGAAUUCGGUCAAUCGACGAGCAAGUUGGACUUGGGGGGCAAUGUUUGUUAGCAAAUCUCCUCUAAUUUGUUCAGCGUCAAUGUCGCUAAUUCAAUCAGGCGUGUCGAAUAAGUCUGAUUCUGGUCAUUGUACGGAGCAUUCAGGAAGGCGACGGGGGAUGGAGGACAAGAGUACGGGGUUCGUUGGAAAAUCAUCUCUUCUUUGUUCAGCUUCAUUGGCUUUGACGCGUUCUGACGAGUCGAGUCAGUCUGGUGGUUCGGAGAGUAAGGAAUUGCCUCAAAAGGGGUAUUCAGCUGGUCGGCUGGAUGAGGAGAGGGUUCUAAUCAGUGAGGUUCUCGUGAGAAAUAAGGACGGUGAGGAGCUAGAGAGGAAGGACCUCGAGAUGGAGGUUCUGACCGCUUUGAAGGCGAGCCGACCCAACUCUGCGCUCACUGUACGCGAGGUUCAAGAAGAUGUGCACAGGAUCAUCAAUAGUGGAUAUUUCUACUCGUGCAUACCCGUUGCAGUUGAUACCAGAGAUGGCAUAAGAUUAAUAUUUCAGGUAGAACCAAAUCAAGAGUUUCGGGGGUUGGUCUGUGAAGGUGCUAACGUCCUUCCAGCAAAGUUUCUGGAGGAAGCUUUUCGUGAAGGCUAUGGAAAAGUUGUCAAUCUCCGGCAUUUAGAUGAUGUAAUAUCAUCCAUCAAUAGCUGGUAUGGUGAACGUGGCCUUUUUGGCAGGGUAUCAGCUGUAGAUAUUCUAUCCGGGGGCAUUCUUAGCUUACAAGUUUCUGAAGCUGAAGUAAAUAACAUUUCCAUCCGAUUUCUUGACAAAAAGACUGGCGAGCCAAUUUCAGGAAACACAAGACCUGAGACAAUACUCCGGCAACUUACUACCAAGAAAGGACAGGUCUACAGUAUGCUCCAAGGAAAAAGAGAUGCAGAGACUGUCUUAACCAUGGGGAUCAUGGAAGACGUCAGCAUUAUUCCCCAACCUGCAGCUGAUGCUGGAAAGGUUGACAUACUGAUGAACGUAGUUGAGCGUCCAAGUGGAGGUUUCUCUGCUGGUGGCGGUCUAUCAUGUGGGACCACUGGUGGUGGUGGCCCUUUAGCUGCCCUUAUUGGAAGCUUUGCCUAUUCCCACAGAAAUCUUUUUGGGAGGAAUCAGAAGCUCCAUGUCUCCUUGGAGAGGGGACAAGUUGAUUUCACUUUUCGCAUAAAUUACACAGACCCAUGGAUUGAAGGAGAUGAUAAGAGGACAUCACGGACAAUUAUGGUUCAGAACUCAAGGACUCCAGGUACACUUGUCCAUGGUGGUAGCAACCUGACUAUUGGUCGGGUUACAGCUGGUUUGGAAUUCAACCGCCCUAUCAGGCCAACGUGGAGUGGAACGGGAGGGCUUUAUUUCCAGCGUGCUGGUGCUCGAGAUGAACAAGGAAAUCCUAUCAUAAUGGAUAACAUCAAAUGCCCUCUCACUGCAAGUGGGAAUGCUGACGACAAUAUGUUACUGGCUAAACUUGAGGGUGUCUACACUGGUUCUGGGGACCAUGGAUCUUCCAUGUUUGUUCUUAGCAUGGAACAGGGGCUUCCAUUUUUACCUGAAUGGUUAUGUUUUAAUAGAGUGAAUGCUCGUGCCAGAACUAGCAUGGAAGUUGGUCCCUCUCAGCUCCUUUUGAGUUUGUCUGGAGGUCACGUAGUUGGUAAAUUCUGCCCACAUGAAGCAUUUGCCAUUGGGGGAACAAACAGUGUAAGAGGAUACGAAGAAGGUGCUGUAGGCUCGGGUCGAUCUUAUACUGUUGGAUGUGGAGAGAUCUCUUUUCCCUUGUUUGCCCCUGUAGAAGGAGUCCUUUUUGCUGACUACGGAACUGAUCUUGGAUCGGGCUCAACUGUUCCAGGUGAUCCUGCGGGGGCUAGGAUGAAACCUGGAAGUGGAUAUGGGUAUGGGUUUGGCAUCCGUCUGGACUCCCCUUUGGGGCCUCUUCGUCUAGAAUAUGCAUUCAACGACAAAGGUGCAAAAAGGUUUCACUUUGGCGUUGGCCACCGGAAUUAACUCCCUCUUCCUGCGAUUAGAUGUAGGACCCUUUUUGUAGCAAUCUUUUCUUCUUUUCUUUGUUUUUCUUGGUGGGGGCGGUUGAUGGAUCUUGUUAGUAACUUAAAAUCAAUUAAUUUAUAACGUAUUUUUCUGGGAAGUAAAAUAUUUUUCAUCA